AUGGCGCCCAACGGGGACUUCCAUCGGACCGAGUCCUUCUAUGGCUGUGCCUACUGCACCGAGGCCUACCCGGAUGCGAAAGAGCUCCAAGUGCACAUCAAGAUGGUCCACGAGGGCAAACCCUUCUCCUCGAAGCCUGCGCCGUUGCCGGCGAAGGAGCAGCGCUUGCUGACGCAGACCCCGGCGGCCGCCAUCUCCAAGAGCAUCCCGCUCUCCGAGGUGAACCGCCACAUCACGCCCCAUGACUGCUGGGUCGCCUUGAAUGGUAAGGUCUACGACCUCUCGGAGUUCAUGGAUCGACAUCCCGGUGGGCCCACCACCAUCCUGGCCUGGGCCGGCAAGGACGCUUCCAAAUUCUUCAACGACAUCCACAAGGGUGUCAAGAUUGACGCCUACCUGCGCCCCGAGUCCUAUUUGGGCACCCUCGGUGUGGACGAGAACCUCAUGUCCGACGGCUUUUGGCACACCCUGCGUGAGGCGCGCAUCGUGGAGGUCAGGGAGGAGAUCGACCGGGUGCUGAGCACCGGAGGCACACACAAGGCGGACAGCAUCCAGCGCCUGAUGCAGGACAAGCACCUGGACCCUGCCCUGAAGACCAAGAUCAACCGCUUGGAGACGCAGAAGCGGGCCGCCCUGGAUGCUGAGGAUUACCAUCGGGCCACCGACAUCAAGAGGCAGAUCGAAGAGGUCUUGUCGCAUGAUGAGCACGCACACCUGCAUGAGGUGCCUCUGAAGGCGGACUGGUCCUCGAAGAUCCCGCUGUCGGAGGUGGCGCGCCACAACAAGCCGCACGACCUCUGGAUCGCCAUCAACCAGGUGGUCUACGACCUCACGGAGUUUCUGAUCCAUCAUCCUGAGCAGCGCAAUUCGAUCCUUGCCUGGGCUGGUCGUGACGCGACACCCAUGUGGGACAAAAUCCCAGGACGCUUCCCCUCCAAGCAGUGGAUGGAAUUCUACAUGCGCCCAGAGGCCUGCAUGGGGGAGGUGGGUGAGGAGCCUGCCCUGGAUCCUCAAAUCGAGCAGCUCAAGAAGCUGCAUGAUGAGCUCCGACGCCUGGAGGGACCGUCCAAGGAAGACAUCGCGGCGGUGAAGACUGCGGUGAACGUGCCUGGGAAGACCGAUGUGCCCACCCUCUCUGAGGAGGCGCGCUUUCCAAAGCUGGCCGAGAUCUCCGCCGGCAAGGAGCUGCCCUUCUUCUCGCGGGCGGAGGUGGCCAAGCACACCUCGGAGGAGCCCUACAUGAUCAUCCACAACCGCGUCUACAACUUGAAGCCGUUGCUGGGAAGUCACCCGGGCGGGGACGACAUCUUGCUGUCCAAGGCCGGCACGGACUGCACCAAGGACUUCGAGGUGUUUGAGCACUCGGAGAAGGCUCGGGUGCAGCGCGACAGGGAUUUGCUGAUCGGCCAUGUGGUGCCAGCGGAGCAAACAGACUGGGCCGCGGAGACCAACGUGUCCCAGGUGGUCGGCGAAGAAUCCUCUGAGCUGGGGAGGUACAUCAAGUACAAGGUCACCGACGCUGCUGCCAUUGCGGCCUGCUGGUACGUCUACAAGACCCUGCAGAACACCAAGCCGCUGUCCCAGUUCACGUACUCGCGGGGUUUGCGGCAUCUGCACCUCCUCAUGGCCUGCGGCAUCUUCGGCGCUGUUGGCACGGCGCAGGCGGCGGCCUAUAGCUCGGGGCAGGCGAAGAAGCAGCUGCUGUGGUGGCACAAGCAGACAGGCAUCGCCAUGCUGCUGGCGCUCGUGGUCCGCUUCUUCCUGCGCUUGAAGAGCGGCAUCCCCCCGCGCUUCCCAGGCCACCCCUUGGUGCAGAUGAUUGAGACGCAGAGCCUGAAGGCCUUCUACCUCCUGGCGCUGUUGCUGCCCCUGUCCGGCAUCGCCAACGAGUACUUCCUGAAGUGGGCACCUGGUUCAGACAAGACCGGGAAAGCGGAGGAUGACAAGCGGAACGACCAGAUGGCCAAGAUGGCCAUGGACAGCCACAAGCUGCUAGGCAAGUUCCUGCAGUACACCUGGCUUCCCUUCCACCUGGGCUACACCACCCUGUAUCAUUGGAGCCAGGGCCGCGGUGUGGUGCGCAAGGUCUCGCCCUUCGUUUGA